AUGGAUAGAAACCUCCCCGCCCCCCGAAAAAAGAAGGGUGGUGGCAACAUGGUGCUGCCGUACACAAAGGCUAUAUCAAUAAAGAAGAAUGACAUGUGCCACAGCCCCAGAGGUCUCUAUACCGUGGCUCAUACAAAGCAGACUGCCUGCAAAUCAACCGGUGGGAAAGCAACCAGGAAGCAACCGGCUGCAAAAGCUGCUCGUAAGAGUGCGCCCCCUACUGGAGGGGUGAAGAAACCUCAUCGUUACAGGCCUAGUACUGUGGCGCUUCGUGAAAUUAGACGUUAUCAGAAGUCCACCGAACUUCCGAUUCUUAAACUCCCCUUCCAGUGUCUGGUUCGAGAAAUAGCUCAGGACUUCAAAACAAAUCUGCGCUUCCAGAGUGCAGCUAUUGGUGCUUUGCAGGAGGCGAGUGAGGCCUACCUGGUUGGCAUUUUUGAAGACACCAACCUGUGUGCUAUCCAUGCCAAACGUGUAACAAUUAUGACAACCAGCUUGCACAUGGCUUACGUGAAGAACGUGCUUAAGAAUCCACUAUAA